CAAGUAUCUCUUGUGCAUCCACAUCUAUUCUUCGUACAUUCCUUGCGUCACUCAACUUAUCAACCAUGUCCCAGCCACCAUACACCAUCGUGCUCGCCUGUGACGAGGCCGGUCACGACUACAAAACCGCCCUCAAAUCCUUGCUCGAGUCCGACAAGCGUGUCAAGGGCGUUAUUGACGUCGGGGUCAACAAGACUGAAGACGGCAAACCGGAGAAGACGGCGUACCCCCAUGUGGCGGUGGAUGCGGCGAGAAAGAUUGUGAAGGGGGAGGCUGACAGGGGUCUGCUAAUUUGCGGGACAGGCAUGGGCGUAGCCAUCUCUGCCAACAAAGUUCCCGGCAUCCGCGCAUCCACCGCUCACGACUCGUUCUCGGUCGAGCGCCUCAUCAAAUCAAAUAACGCCCAGAUUCUUUGUCUAGGACAAAGGGUCAUUGGCGUUGAGCUAGCCAAGAAGCUUGUGCAAGAGUGGUUGGGGCAUGUCUUUGACCCAGAGUCGGCGAGUAAUGAGAAGGUGCAGAUCAUCCAUGAUUACGAUGGGUACGAAUACGAGGCCGUGCCCGGCGGCUGCAGCUAGGGGUCGAAGAUAUUAUAUUGUGUUCGCAUGGGAACUAUGGAAUGAACUUGUACACUGAUACAG